AUGUUCUUCAUCCACCGCGCCACCCUGUUCUUUUUUUUCUUCCUCCUCUUUUCCUUCUCCACCCUUUCCCUCUCCCACCCCUUUUCCCCUCUUGACAACUACCUUCUCGAUUGUGGUUCCACUGCCCCACUCACCACCGCUGCUACUUCUUCCCUCUCCGCCGACCACCGCCUCUUCUCCGGUGACCUCGCCCAAACACUCAACUCUCCCUUCGACUCCCCUUCACUCCGUGCGGCUGUUUCACUCCGAAACGACAACCCCUUCCCUGGUCUUUCCCCAAUCUACCACACCGCUAGGGUUUUCACUACUCCGGCUAGCUACACUUUCUCCCUCAAAGACAAAGGACCUCACAUCGUUCGUUUCCACUUCCACGCCUUCAAAUCACCCCAACUCGAUCUGGGUCUAGCUCAAUUUCGAGUCUUGGUUGAUGACUACGUCGUAUUGACCAACUUCGCCCGUUUGAAUUGCACAGGGCAAAACCCUAAGGUUUUGGAAUUUCUUGUCCCCGUCGAAGAUGAGAAGAUCGUGAUAGUUUUUGUGCCUAAUAGAGACUCUAAAUUGGCGUUUGUGAACACAAUUGAGGUGAUUUCUGCACCCAACGACCUUGUCCCUGAAACAGCACAGUUUAUCGGUAGUACAGGGAAUUUGGUGAAUUUUGAUGGGUGGAACAAACAAGCCCUUGAAGUUGUGCAUAGGGUCAAUGUUGGGGGUCCCAAAGUUACACCUUUUAAUGAUUCAUUGUGGAGAACUUGGGUUCCUGAUGAUGGGUUAUUGAGAUCAAGCUUUGGGUCUGAAAGGCUUGUUUUUGGUGGGAGGAUCAAGUAUCAUGAUGGAGGUGCUAGCCGUGAGGUUGCACCUGAUAAUGUGUAUAAUAGUGCUAGGUUGAUCAGAAGUGAGAAUGAUUCUGUUACCAAUGUGAACAUGACUUGGGCGUUUCUUAUUCUUGGAGGGUAUAAGUACUUGAUUCGGUUGCAUUUCUGUGAUAUUGCUAGCAUUUCACUUAAUAUGCUCUAUUUCAAUGUUUUUGUCAAUGGUUAUUUGGCUUAUGAAGAUUUGGAUCUGUCUUACAUCAUAAGAUCAUUGGCUUCACCGUUUUAUGCUGAUUUUGUGGUUGAUUAUGGAGAUGGCAAUGUAGGUGGGGAUUUGAGUGUUGGUAUAGGUCCCUCAAAGAAUAGCAUUCCCCAUGCUGUUGAUGGUAUCUUGAAUGGUGUUGAGGUUAUGAAGAUUAAUAACUCUUGUUCGGUUGUCGGGUUCCGGACAGGUAGGAUUCACGAGUGA